AUGGUUGUUGGUAUUUGUGGAAAUUGUUUGGUUGUUUAUGUUGUUUCUAGGAAUAAACAUAUGUGGACAUCAAUGAAUCUUUUUUUAACAAAUUUAGCUUUGUCUGAUUUACUUGUUCUUGUUUUUUGUUUACCUCCAACAGUUUUAAAUGAUAUUACAAAAACAUUUUGGUUAUCUGAAGGGUUUUGUAAAGCAAUGCUUUUUGUACAGAAUACAUCAGUUUAUGUCUCAGUCCUAACAUUAGUAGCAAUAUCAUUAGAACGUUGGAAAGCAAUAUCAAAGCCUCUAAGCAUUGCUUUACCUUCAAAAACAACUUGCCAAUUUAUUUUAUUUAUUUGGUUAUUUGCUGCUUUUCUUUCACUUCCAGAACCUUUUACUUUAAAAACAUUUUCUGCAGAAUAUGCAAGAAAAAAUUUAAAUACAAAAUGGGGUACUCGUUGUAAAGAAAGUUGGUCACCAAGUUUUCAACAAAAAUAUCAAUUAAUACAAACAUUAGUUCUUUUUAUUGCUCCUUUACUUGUUAUAUCAGCAUUAUGUGUACAUAUGAAUAUUGUUUUAAGGCAAAAAGCUCUUCAGCAGAUUGGAUCUCGCCAUCUACGUGAAAGGCAAAGAGCAAUGAGAAUGCUUAUUGCUGUUGUUCUUGUCUUUGCUAUUUCUUAUAUGCCUGUUCAUUUACACAAUAUUGCCGCAGCCUUUCAAUUUGACCGUUGGGGAAGUGAUGAAGAUGAACAACAACCAUCAUUGAUAUUAAUAGCUUUAAGAAAAUUUAUUCCUCGAGUAAUGAGUUAUUCUUCUUCUGUAAUUAACCCAAUUACUUAUAAUUUUAUGAGUGAAAAAUUUCGAAAAGAAUUUCGUCGUGCCUGUUGUUGUGGAGAACAAAGAAAGGAGUCUUUAAAUAGAAAAGAGUCAAUGAUGGCAUUUAGAAGGCCUUCAUCUUUUUCACCGGCAAAUGUACAAAGGCAUCAUAUACCUUUAUCUAGAAGAUGUACAGCACUUUCACAAUCAUCUGCUGCACAAAUGCUUUAA